AUGGCUGCCUGCGAUACCCGUUUCAAGCUCAACACUGGCGCUGAGAUUCCCGCCCUCGGUCUGGGAACAUGGCAAUCCCAGCCCGGUGAGGUCGCGUGCGCUGUCUCUCACGCCAUCAAGGUCGGCUACCGUCACAUCGAUGCCGCUCUUUGCUACGGCAAUGAAAGUGAGGUCGGCCAGGGCAUUAAAGAGGCUAUCGAUGCCGGUAUCGUCAAGCGCGAGGAUCUCUUCGUGACUACCAAGCUGUGGUGCUCCUACCACUCUCGGGUCGAGGAGGGCAUCGAGCAGAGCCUGAAAGAUCUCGGACUCGACUAUGUUGACCUUUACCUGAUGCAUUGGCCCCUGGCAAUGAACCCCAAGGGUAACCAUAACCUCUUCCCCAAGCUCGCUGAUGGUUCGCGAGAUAUUGUCCACAGCCACUCCCACGUCACCACAUGGAAGAGUUUGGAGAAGCUUGUCGGCACCGGCAAGGUCAAGGCAAUUGGUGUUUCGAACUAUAGUGUGAAGUUCCUCGAGGAGCUUCUACCCCAGGCCACCAUUGUUCCCGCCGCCAAUCAGAUCGAAAACCACCCUCUGCUCCCCCAGCAAGAGAUCGUUGACUUCUGUAAUAAGGCUGGCAUCCACAUCACAGCUUACAGUCCUUUGGGCAGCACCGGCAGCCCGCUGUUCACUGCUGAGCCUAUCGUGGCCGUUGCGACUAGGCGUGGGGUUACUCCUGCUACUAUCCUGCUCAGCUGGCACAUCGCCCGUGGCUCUUCGGUUCUCGCCAAGUCUGUGACUCCUGCCCGCAUUGAGGCCAACCGUGCCGACUUGAUCAAGCUGGAUGAUGAGGACAUGGCCACCCUUCGCAAGUACAGUGACAGCUUACAGGCUGAGGGUAAGCUCCAACGCUUUGUUUAUCCUCCAUUCGGCGUCAACUUCGGCUUCCCUGAUAAGCAGUAA